AAACCCUAGAGGAAGGGGGUUCUCGGAACAGGCGUCGGGUUUGUGGAGCCAUGAAGAAGAAUGCGCAGAGAAGGUGCUAAUCGCUCGACCGCUCCGCACAAGGACUCAUCACGCCACACAGCCGAGCUGUAUCGAGCCCUUUGCAGCCUUUCUCUUCGCAAUUAGGGCUCAGGUUUUGAUAGCAGCGCUUGCCAUCUGAAGUGACUCUUUCUCCUGGCGAUGUCGCACUUUUGACACUCGUCACGCUAUGGCAGCCACUAUUCGGAGGGUACGUGCAUCUACUUUUCGAGUUGAUGCAAUUCUCUUUGUUCUUAAUUUCAGUGAUAAGUGCUGGUGAAUGAAGGUGGGUUAUGGAUCUUUGGAUGCUAGUGAAUUUUUAGUGAGUGUCUGUGAGGAGAGGUUUUGGAUUUCUCUCGCCAAGCGGGUGGACACGAGAUGGAUUUGGUUUCAUGAAUACUGUUGCUGAACAUCUCGUGUUCAUCUGUUUUCUUAUGGUUAAUGCGCAAUGCGAGUGAUAAUUUCACCAAAUGCUGCAUUGCGGAAUGGCGUGUGGGGGAACGUGGAAGGCUGCUGCUGCUUUCAUCUGCCAAUUUUUGUAUUAGACGCUAUAUGAUGGUUGUGUCUAUGUGGGAUACGUGGUCGCGGACAGGGUCCCUGUUCGGUACUGUGGACAAGCGGCGGCUUCAACAUGAAAUUGACACCCACAAACUUUUCCUCCUUACGAGUUUCCAGCGUGAGGCCACUUCUGGGGAAAUAGGGGUGGCAGAGGAACUCACAAAACUUGCUGAGGCGACACCUUUCGAAGAGCAGCAGCGACAAGUUCAAGAGCAAGUUCAUGGACAGAUUAAAAAAUUGUCGACUGUAUUGGACAGCAUACUUCUUAAGGAUCCUCUUCCUGAAAUUCCAAGUCCGCCUUCAGAGAAGAAGCGACCCAGCGGUUUGUUUUUCGCUCUUGGAAGACAACCAGAACCUGAAGCUCCUCCUCGCGCAAACGCAAUUGAGACGAAGCCAUUAACUAGGGAGCAAGUAGCAUCAGCCUUUAGAGAACACACGGGCUUCACGUUAUGUUUGCAACGAUCCGGUAUACCCCAUGAAGAAGCGGGCACGGGUCUUUUCAUCAAAGGAAGAGCUGAGCCAGGGACUGUGGUAUCCAUGUACCCGGGUGUCGUCUAUUCUCCUUCACAGUAUCGAUACAUCCCUGGGUAUCCCAAGGUGGAUGUCGAUAAUGGCUACUUGAUAUCCCGCUAUGACGGGCUUGUAAUUGAUGGCAAACCUUGGGGCAAGGGCGACGACAUCCGAGAGUGGUGGGAUGGUCACAAUGGAAUCUCCUUCGAGCAAGCGGCCGAACUAACGGGACCUGCGAGACAGUCUCUUCCAAGUUUCUGGCAAUUCGUGGGUGGCGGCAAGGUGAUGCAAGGUCCGCUGGAAGGUGCAGAGCUUGAACGGAGGAGCCCGAUUGCACUGGGCCACUUCGCCAAUCAUCCACCUGAAGGAGUUCAUCCAAACGUCAUGAUCUGCCCUUACACAUUCUCCAUUUCUGGUCAACAAUCCAUGAGGGCUUACAUUCCCAACGUUAUGUUUGGAAAUGAUGAAGAGUUCGAUAUGCAGCGACGAGGUCCUCUUUGGAUCAACGAGGGUAAGAAGGAGCGCCCUGAAGAUCCAGCUGAUACCAGGCUUUCUACAGUAGAAAGAUCUGAGCAGCCGAUCACUUUAAUCAGCGAUGUGCACACGCUGGUGUUGGUUACCACGAGAGAGGUGGACAAUGAGGAGCUGUUCCUGAAUUACAGACUGAGUAGUUACAUCCAGCAGCCUGAAUGGUAUCACCCGGUCAAUGUCGAGGAAGAGAAACGCCGAUGGGAUUAAGUAUUCUUGAGAAUGUUACCGGCUGAACAGCGCCGAUGCUUUUCGUACAUCUC